AUGUCAAAGUCAUGCAAAAGCUCACAGCAAACCGACAACGAACCAAACAACAAAUCUAAAAAGUCCAUUGAGAGAGCUUUGAAUGAAGUUAAAGAGCAAACUAAGGAAGUGGUCGAUGACCAUUUGAAAGAUGGGCAAUCCAAAUUAAAUCAAACCCAUGAAAAUGCCAAAAGAGUUAAGAGUUCUAGGGAUUUUGAAAGAGGAUUUGAAAAGAAUCCCUCGGUUGCAAAAGCUGUUCUGCCUGAUACUGAGCGAUCCAACAGUACACCAACAUUGGUUGGGAAAAAUGAUGAUCAAUUUGAAAAAGGUAAGGAAAUUUCUGGAAUUUCAAAUGCUUUGAAUUCAACAUGCAACGUCUUGGAUGUUCCUAAAACAGAAAACGGUGAGCAACUACUGAUGAGUGGUAACUACUCCGGCGAAAUCAGGGAAAGUAACACAUUCAAGAAAGAAAAAAAUUCUGGUGAUGCAACGUUAAGUCAAGCAGAUUGCAAGACUCAUAUCAAUGGUGGUACUGGUAAUUCGGAUCAAAUUCAAGCCGAUGCACAAAGUGGCAAAUCAAAGGACUCUACACGAUGGGGCAAAAAGCCCAUUGUGAAUAUGAUCAGGUCCUGGUUCACAGGAGCAGCAAGUCACCAAGCUUCCGAAAACGAGUUGCAAAGUUCAACUGAUGACAACUCAGAAUGCGUUACUCCGGAUGUCCAAUUAAUCGAGUUACCAGAGAUUCCAAGACAAUAUCGACCACGGGAAAUUAAUGGAUUUGGAAUCCUCUCAAAAUCUCAAUCUUUGCCGAUGAAAACAAAAAGACAAUACCAAAACCUUUUAAACACUGGUGUGACCUGCACCUUACAAUUUUGCAAAAACUUGGAGGUUAUGAAUGAAAAAUCAAAGAAACAGGAUAUAAAAAAGGCCUUUGCACUUCAGUUUACUAGAACACACUCAGAAUUGAUGUUCACGGAGGCAGAUUUGAAAACUAAUGACGAAGUUAACACCGAGCUUUUGUUGCAGUUGAAAAUAUUGUUUAAUGAUUUGUUCAGCAGUAAUCAUAUCAUUUGGAUUGUCAAUAAGUUUGAGUAUGAUGAUUUUGGAAGAAAGUUUAGAAAGACCAUUGCUGAGGUUUUGCGUAAUGAAUUCCAAUACGACGUCAGUUAUAAGAGAGAUGAUUUCUAUAGGCAUGUGGUAGCUGCCAGUUUGUUACAAUGGAGAAAGAGUAUCCCAUUUCCUUAG